AUGUAUAUAUAUAUUUUUUUGUGUAUAUGCUUAUGUAUGUCUAUGGGUUUGAGUAAUAUGUUUCGAGAGCAUAAUGUAAUAACUCCAAUGAAGAUGAGAUCUUUUAUUAACAAAAGUGUAAAAAGAAAUUUGGGAGAUUAUAAUAAAAAUAAGAUGGGAAGUAAACUUAUAAAUGUUGAAGGUGGCAAUAAUCAGGAUGAUAAUAAAUAUAAUAGUAACAAUGUAAUAAGCAUAAAUAAUAAAGUGAAUAAGAAUGAUUAUUUUAUAGAGACCAAUAAAGAAUUAAAAAUUAAUUUGAAUUUUCAAAAUAACAAUAUUAUAUCAAAUAUUUUUUCGAACAUUAAUAUAUAUGAUAAGAUAAGUAAUAUUUUUAUAAACAAUAAGAAAACAUAUAUGCUGAAAUAUAAUAAUAAUAUAAAUGAAGAGAAUUUCUUUAUAUCCUAUUUUGAAAAGAAGGAUGAUAAUUUUGUGCCUAUAUCACCAUGGCAUCAUAUUGAUCUGAAAAAUGAUGAUGGUACUUACAAUAUGAUUGUUGAAAUAACAAAAUAUAAUUACAUAAAAUUAGAAAUACAAUUAAGAGAGAAAUUUAAUGUUAUUAAACAAGAUAAAAAAAAAGGAAAACUCAGAUAUUAUCAUAAUUCCAUUUAUUGGAACUAUGGAGCUUUACCACAAACAUAUGAAUAUCCAAAACACAUAUAUCAAAACAAAUCAAAAAAAAAUAAGGAAGCAUUAUUAUUUACUGGAGAUAACGAUCCAUUAGAUAUUCUCGAUAUUGGUAGUGCAUGUCUAAAAAUCGGACAAGUGGUUCCGGUCAAGAUAUUGGGAGCUUUUACCUUGAUUGACGAGGGAGAAUUGGAUUGGAAAAUAAUAGCUAUAAACAAAGAAGAUAAACAUUAUGAGGAUAUCAACUCGUUAAGCGACAUAGAAAAGUACUACCCACAUACUCUUAGUUUAUUACUUGAGUGGUUCAGAUCAUAUAAAAUGGCAGAUACGAAGAAAUUAAAUUUAAUAUCUAAACAAUUAUAUGACAAGAAAGAAAGUGAAGAUCUUAUAAUGAAAACACAUCAUUAUUAUCUAGAGUUUCGAGAAGACGUAAAGAAAUUAAAAGAAGAACAUAGUAAAGAAACUAUUAAAGAACAUGAUUAUGUAAAUGCACAAAAUAUACAAUUUAAUUAUGACAAAUUAAAUAAUAAUGAUGAUGAACCUAUGGAAAAUAAUCUCCUGGAAGAUAUUAAUAUAACGUACUAUAAGUCUGAUAGUGCUUACAAGCCAGAUCUCAACAUAUGGACACCUUAA